GGCGCUCGUGCAAUUUUGGUGCAGUUACAUAUUUGGAUCUUUUGUCUCAUACGUACCUACGAAAAAGACUCGCCGGACGAUGGCGGUCGCCACUGCUGGAUCCGGUGCUAGUACUCGUCGUGCUGCUGCUGGUGUUCCCCCGUCACGCAGAAUAUAUUCCCAAGAACAUAGUUGAAAAUUUUUGGUCAUAACUAUAUCUAUAAAAUAUAAAGAUAAAAACAAAUAUUAUCUUAAUUAUCCAUACAAGCUACUUAGAGUCAGUACAAUGAUGAACCGAAGUGGUAACGAUAUAACUAUGACUGGAGAUAGUGAUUUGGAUGAUGAUGCAUGUUUAUCAUCAGAUGAUUGUGAUGGAGACUCAAACCAGAGUCAGAGUGACUUAAUGUCUGCAGCUAUGGGUGAUGAUGUUACUGCACAACUUGCUGCAGCAGAAAAACGCAAUAGUGGAUCAUCAAACAAUAGGGGUCUUUGUUAUGGUUUAUGUCGAUCAGGACCUGUUGGAAUGGCUGCUGCUGCUGCGAUUGUAUCUUCAAAGAAACGUAAACGACCUCAUUCCUUUGAAACCAAUCCAUCAAUUCGUAAACGCCAACAUAAUAGAUUACUACGAAAACUUAAAGUUACCAUAGAUGAAUUUGCAACUAGAGUGGGACAGCAAGCAAUUGUUUUAGUAGCUACUCCCGGCAAAGAAAAUACAGGAUUCAAGUGUUUUGGUGCCAAACCUUUGGAAGACGUUGUAAAAAAUUUACGAUCUACUAUCAUGGAUCAACUUGACACUGCUUUAGCACAACAUGCGCCUCCUCCUAUUCCCGAUGAUCCAACUCUAUAUGAGUUACCACCACUCAUCUUAGAUGGAAUACCAACACCUGUUGAAAAAAUGACACAAGCUCAAUUACGAGCAUUCAUACCUUUAAUGCUUAAAUAUUCCACUGGGAGAGGUAAACCAGGCUGGGGCCGGGAAACAACUAGACCUCCUUGGUGGCCCAAAGAGCUGCCAUGGGCAAAUGUUCGAAUGGAUGCUCGCUGUGAAGAUGAAAAACAAAAGAUUUCAUGGACACGGGCGUUGCGACAAAUUGUUAUAAACUGUUACAAAUACCAUGGGCGAGAAGAUUUGCUACCAACAUUUAAUGAAGAAGAAGAAGCAAAAGCAAUUGUUAGUAAUGUUGCGAGUCAGUCUAUUGUUACCUCUGUUCUCAAGUUCAAUCCCAAAGCAACAAAUAUUGAAACAAGAAAUUCACCUGAUGCACAGGAACAACAGCAACAACAACUUACUCAGGUGCAGUAUUCUCCAGCAUUCCUUCAUUCUAUAAGUAAUGUUGAUGGGUCAAUGUCUAUUUUCCAUGUUGACCCAAACAAUCCAAUUAUAACUUUACCUGAUGGAACCCAAGCACAUGUUCAAGGCGUUAUAAAUGCCUCUCAAGGAGCUAAUGGGCAUACUGUUCAUUCUGUUCAUACUAUUGGUGAAGGCCAAAAUCAGGAUGGUGUUACAGUAGAAAUGCUCAAUAAUGUACCUGAGGCCACUAUGAAUCAAGAAGGCCAAAUAAUCAUUACUGGUGAAGAUGGACAAGUUUCAAGUAUGAUAACAGUCCCAGUUAACACAUCAUUAUAUCAAACAGUUGUACAGCAAAUAAGUGAUGGGAGUAUACAGGUUGUGACGCCUGUUAUGCAUAUGCCGAAGUCAGAGCCCGGUGGUGGGAUGGACACGUCAAACGGUGACGUAGAAACCAUCAGUGUGCCCCACCAGUUAGUGGCCAUCACCGGGCAAAAUGGCGAACAAGUAUUGCAGUUAAUAUCUUUAAAAGACAGUAAAAUGAUUAAUGCUGCUGUUGGUGAUAUUAAAGAAGAGGGUCCUAAUAUCAAUAACUCGGAUCAAUGAGAACAACUUCAACAAUACCUGUGCUUUGAGGACAAUAGCAAAGAAGCUUAAGUUCUCUAGACUAUGGCACGAGUAUUUUAUUUAUAUGAAAUGUCAAUUUGAAUAUUCCCAUUUCAAACAAGUCGUGUAUAAAUAUUUUAAUUUUAGUCUCCACCAAUUGAUCUUUGUAAAACUCAUAUUAAGUAUAAUGUCUCUGAGAGAUUUUUAAGUGUUGUUAUGGUAUCAUGGUGUUGUUAUUAUCAGUUUUAAUUUUCUUUUUGAUGUUUCCAUUGUAAUAAGUUAUAGCGUUUGGGAUUUUCUAUUCUUAGUAGAAAAAUAAAUUUUUAAAUUUAUAGCUAAAUAAUUAAAACAAUUGUAAUAAUAAUUAGAAUUUUAUUAUAGACUUAAUUUAUUACUUUUGAUCAUUUUAGAAUGUUGUGCAUUUAACACAA